AUGAGAUCACUCAGGUGUCAUUCGGCAUUGCUGUUGCAUUGGCCGUGUGCCUAUGGACAUACGUUCAGUGGGCAUGGGGAGCAUAUUGGAGAAGUAGCCGAAGAGCUAAGGAAAGUGGUGAAUUACAAUAUUCAAGAUCUAUUUCUCGCUUUACAAGUUUCUAACUUAUCCCUGUUUCUGGUGGAGCAGGGAGAUGGCGAUGACGUUCCAGGGUUGGUCUCCCUCUGCGCAGCGUGGAUCGCAGCCAAUCAGCUUCAGCGCGACGGAUGCCAGGUGUCCUUCUCCUAUUCCGAGUUGUACGGCAGCAAGGUCUUCGACCUGCUGCAGCCACAGCAGCUCGAAAUCAUGGAAGACUCGGAUCACGUGUUCCAAAUUCCUGGGUUGCAUGAGGAAGAGUUCGGUUCACUGGAGUCGUUCCUCGCGGCGUUUUCAAGAGCCAAGGGAAGGCGACACCUCGCGGCGACGGAGGUCAACGCCGUCUCCAGCCGCUCGCACGCCAUUCUCCAGUUUAACAUAUGGCGGGACGACAACCCUGGCAUCGUCGGCCGUCUCAAGCUCGUCGACUUGGCAGGUCGCGAGCAAAACAAAGAGACGGGCAACACGGGCCAGCGGAUGACGGAAAGCUGCGACAUCAACCUGUCUCUGUCCGCGCUUAGUCGCGUUAUAGAGCAGCUGAACGACCCUGCUGCCAAGCACGUCUCUUACCGUGGCAGCAACCUCACCAAGGUCCUGCAAGACUCGCUUGGAGGCAGCAGCCGAGGAGUUAUGAUCGCCUGCCUGGCUCCAAAUGACGACAAGCUGGCGAUGGCGGUUUUGGAGGUGGCGGCGCAGUCUCGCCUGAUCCGCAACAACGUCGCAAAGACCGUGCUGCCCGCUACUCCGAAGCAGACCGUGGCGGAGCGGCGCAAUCAGCUCUCCGCGUUCAAGGCGAAGAGGGCCGCCAGCAAGGCGAUCGUCCAGAGCAACUCUGCCGGGCCGUCUCCUUUCAGCGCCAGCGGGCCCUCCAGUGCUCAGAAGGGUUACAUCCCUUAUCCUGCUCGAGUUCCACGAGAGCAACAAGUGGCUGGGGAGCUUCACCGCAUCCUCGACCCCACUCGCUUCAAGAGGAGCCCCAUCAGAGCCACCUCCGCUGCCAACUCCACGCCCAGCCUCAUCCCCCGGCCCCGCUCCUCAUUGCUCACCCGCCGUCCCGGCGACUUCCUGCGAUAUGCUGCAGAGGCACUGGAGGAACCUGAUUCUGCAGCAGCGGCGGUGGCUGUGGCAGAGGCGGCAUCGGCAUCAGCAUUGGCUUCAGCAUCCGCGUCAGCGUCAGCGGGCGGUGGUGCAGAGAGGGGGGCGAGCAGCGGGGGUGGGAGGAGGAUGCGGAUUGCGGAGAAGAUGACGGCGAGCAUGGCGGCGAAGAUGGCGUCCGCAUCCGAGGCUCGCCAGGCCCUCGCGUUGAAGCGCAGCAUGGCCAAGCACCAGUCGCCAAAGAGGGCCGCCGCCGCCAGGCAGAGGGGGAUGGUCAAGCAGUCGGGAUCCGUAUCCCACGCGAAGCCUACAGGGAAAGCGUCGGCGCAGCCUUCUGACAAGGUUGCUGGAAAUGCUUCUGGGAUGGCUGUUGGGGGGCCGACUGAGAGGGCUGCCAGGAUUCCUCAGAACCAGGGGUCGUCGGGGGCGGCUGCUGCAGCGGAUGCUGUUGUUCAGUCCGCUGCAAACCGUGCAGACGAGCUCCAGCGCCAGCGGUCGUGCGAUGGAGUCGUUGCCGCUAUGUCCGCUGCAGCAGCAGCAGCGAGCGUGGCGGCAGCAGCAGCGACGGCUGCUGGGAGUCCACUUGCGCCGAAUGCGCAGCAGGCGCAUUUCCUCCUCAUGGACACCCUGCGCCAGCGUGGGGGUGGCGGGGUGCAAGCUGCGGGGGUGGGAGAUGCGCCUGAUGGAGUAGGCGCAGCUGACGAGGACGGGGAUAGUGGUGAAAGUGGUGAGGAGAGUGAGCAGGGUUCGAUGGAGGAUGGGGAAGAAUUGUCCUUUGCGGCUUCUGGAAGGAGGCUUAGUGACGGGGAGGUGGUGGGAGAGAGUGAAGGUGAAGUGGAGGGAGAGGACGAAGGCACGAGUGUGCGGGACAGGGGGGUUUCGCCGAAGAAGCUGUGGGAAUGCUACAGGGACAACGCCGCUGCUGCCUCUGACACGUUUGAAGCAUCCACGUGCCAUGGCAGCUCGAAUGGCAGCACCACUGGCAGCAGCGCGGGGUCGGGAGAGGAGGUGAGCACAGCUGACCAAGACAGUGCUGAGAGCAAGGAGGAGGAGCGGACGGGAGAGAUGGAGCUGAACGAGGUGGUGAACGAGGAGGCGGAAUGCCACGUGGCAGUUGAACAAGAUGACUUGAGUGGUCAGGAACGAGGUCAGUGGAUUGGCCAGGUGCAGGAGGAGGAAGGCGGCGUGGUGGGCAUUGAGGGUGCAGGUUGUGGGGAGACGAGCAGUGAGCAAGUUGAGGUCGGCGAGGAGGUUGAGGGCGGUGAGGAGGUCGAGGGGAAGGAGGAGGUUGAUGGCGGCGUGGGGGUGGAGGGUGGGGAGGAAACAGAGGGUGGACAGCAAGUUGAGGGUGGGGAUGAAGUAGAUGAAGGAUAUGCGGCCAAGAUGGUAGGGACAGACGAGGAGGUCUCGGGCAUGGCUGGUGAGGAUGCUCCAAGUGAUUCCACGGUAGAUGCAGAGACAGCACAUGCAGAAGCUGCAGCACGUUUCAAAGCAGCAGAGUCCUCUUCUGCAGCCUCGGAGCUAGACCGCAUUACAAGUGUGUGGUCGAUGGAGGAGGAGGACGAGGAAAAAUUGGGCGAGGGUGCUGGAUGCGGGGUCUUUGCGCUCACUUUGGUUCCGGUGGCAGGGGAGAGCGUAGCAGAGGAGGGCGAGGAGGACCAGGGAGAGGAAGCGCAGGAGAAGAAUGUUCAGGAUCAGGGAGAGGGAGGGAGGGACCAGGUGCCGAACGCACAGGGGCAGGGCCAUGGCCCAUUGCCCCUGCAGCCGUUGACUGUGCUCUCAGGGACACCUUCAAGGCAGCCCCUCAGCACAGUAUCGACCAACCAGUCAUCACAGCGGCCUGCCUUCCUUAACGCCAUGGUGUCGUGCGAAGCGCCGGAUGUGUUGCUUGAGGGUGCCAUGAGGGGCCUUAGCAUCGUGGAUCCCUUGACCCCAGCCUGUGCCAAGGACGUCGGGACUCAGUUCGUGGCUGUUGCAGAGGCGGAGCUCCUUCAGAAAUUCAACACAGCAACCAAGGAGGAGCUAAUGCAGCUGAAGGGUAUCGGUCCAGCCCGUGCAACAAAAAUUUGUGACUUCCGCAAUACUCCGGGCGCGGGAGCCACUCCUUUUCAAGCGUUCACGGACCUCACUAAAGCAGGGAUCAGGCUCAAGACGGCACAGAGUAUUCGUGAGGUCGAGUGGAGUGUCUUAUCAGCUACAGUUUUCUCUUGUCGCCAUCACGACCCUGCGUGUGCAAUCAACAUGGCUGCUUGGAAGAGAUACCUGAUCACGUUCUUGCUGCUCGCAUUGUUCGUAACAGUCGCGCUUGCGUCCGAGGAUGAAGACGAGUCAAGUUCGGGAUCAAAAGACUCGACACAAACUCUGAACGCAAACAAGGCGGGAGCCAUUUUCGUUUUCUUCGGAUGCAGCUUUCUCGGCGUAUGGCUUCCCUACUUCAUUCCGAUCCACCAGCUCAUUCUCAAGUUCGGGAUUCUCUUUUCGACUGGUCUCUUCAUCGGCAUGUCACUUCUUUAUCUAGCAGUGGAAACAUUUGAGGAGUUCGAAGAGCUCGCUGGGAAAGAUUAUCCGUACGGAAUGCUGGUCAUUGUGAUGGGUAUCUACCUCACGUGGCUCUGCGACCUUAUUGUGAAGACGAUCUGGCGGAAACGAUCCGGCUCCUUUGAGGAGAAGGAAGAUGAGCUGGGUCCAACAGUUGCUGGCGCCAUUGGUGCUGGCCAGACCAAGGUGGUCGACGCGGACUCGGAGAAUCAGAAGCAAAUCGACGUGCAGGCGCUUUCCAUCGUCGACGUCAUUGUGGUGCUCUUCGCCCUCUGCUUCCACGCCUUCUUUGAGGGCAUGGCUGUCGGCCUUGUGUCCACCGUUCAGAGAGUCUGGACCAUGACUGCUCAGAUUGGUGUCAAUGAGUUUUUUGAGGGCAUGGCGCUUGGGGUGACGCUCCGCGUUCAAGACACAUCCCGCUCGUGGCUCAACCACCUGCUCUUUGCCUUGGGAGCUUCCGUCGUCGCUCCCACUGGAAUCGCCAUUGGUCUCGCAAUAGACUCAGCAAGCGGCAAGGAGGCUCGGGACUGGGUGAAGGCUUUUGGAAACGGCAUGGCUGCUGGAGUGUUCAUAUUUAUUGCUCUCGGUCAUUUGCUGGCCAAAGGCAUGAAGCCAGGAGCCAACGAUAGGUGGUGGAUGGUGUUCAUCAAGUGGUUUGUGGCAGGGCUUGGUCUCAUGACCAAUGCACUACUCCAGCUCUGGGGAGAGAGCUGA